CUGCGGGGAUGGCAGCAACAGGAAGGGCAGCUGGGGCGGCAGCAGGGAAGGCAGCAACAGCAGCAACACGGGCAGCGGCAAGAGGUGCUGCACGGGAGAGGGCAGCGGGAGCCGCUGCAGGAAGGGCAGCAGCUGCGGCAGCUCCAGCAGGAGGUGUGGUGAGAGAGACAGCAGCCGGAGCGGCCGAAGCCCUCGCGCCGGCGCCAGGAGCACAAACAACAGCCGGGCAGGUUGCUCCCUCCCCCUCCCCACCCACGCAGGCUGCCUCACUCCCCUGUCACCCCCCCAUCCCGCCCCUGGCCCCCCACCAGACAGUCGCCGCCGAUGCCCCAUCCGCGAUGGAAAUCGAACCGGCGGUGGAAGAGGGGUCGUUAGCCUCUCGCAAGCAAGCCUAUAUCCCCCCCCAGCGUCGGUCCCCACCACCCGCUUCUUUGUCCCCCUCCGGUCCACAACCUCCGACCCAGGCCAGGUCCCACGGUGGUUCGCCCACCACGACCAACCAGCCUGCCCUGCUCCCCCUACCCACAGGCGGACAGUCGCAGGGGGCAGAUGGGGAGACGGAGGCGGCAGUUGCCGACCUUCUCAGGAUAUGGGACGCGUCCGCCACCCCCUCUGCGCCCGCUUGUCCGGGUCGGGUGGGGGGGGGCACCGUGGACCCUGCUCCAGACAUCUCCCAUGCCCCCCCUUCCCCCCCGUCCACCGCCCUCACACCGGAGCGCAUGGUGAUCGAUGACUCCGACGCGGCCCCCGACCACCCCCUCUGCCCAGACGCAUCCACUGCUCCAGCUGCCCACACCCCAGCUCCUACGUCCCCCGGCGAGGCCACUGAGCUAGCCUGCCAUCCAGACGCAUGCCCCGCCCUAGCCACUGUCCCCUUGGUCGUACCAUCCUCACCCACGCCCGCGCAUCCCGCCGUCGCUCCUCCCCCCCGGCCAUUGCCUUGCCCGCCCCAGACGCACGGCCCGCCCCCCACUUGGGCCACCGACCUCGGACAGGGGCCCAUCGAAGAGGCGGUCGUCGGCGCUGAUAGCUCGGAGAGCACGAUGCCAGUCCCCCCGCACGACACAGCGGUGCCGACAGGAGGACUAGCGGUCACGUGUCCUACCUGCCGGAGCACCUUGGUGAGCAGCCACGCUCUUGCUCUCCAUGCACCCCAUUGCCAGCCCGCCGAUGCUCUACGCAGGGCGGAGGCCCUGCAGGAUGCCACCUCUUCCCCUCCCUCAUUCAGCGAGCCACGCGCCUCCGUCGUCACAUUCUCGGACGUCCAGUGGUCGUCCUUGGAUGCGGUCGAUUGGACGGAUUAUUUCUCACCGAGACGCAUGCAUGCUCGCCCGCUCCGGCGUAUCCCGCCGAGGGUUCGCGGGGGGUACGUGGAUGUCCUCUGCGCGAUCUUGCAGCGCAUCAGCCAGCACCCCAGGGCGGGCGGGCCGACGUUUCUGCUGUUGGCCAUCCCGACCCUCCUCCUCACGCCCGCUACACCACCUGCACGAUCACAUACGGCGGCCAUCACUGCGCGCAUUGCGCGCUUCCUUGGUGGAGAUUGGGACGCCCUCAUAGCAGAGGCGCUCCACCGCCGCACACCCCUCGCGGCAUGCACGACACGCCGCGCCCGCGCCGCGACUCCGACGCCUGACGAGCGCCGCAUUGCCCGUUGCCUCCGCCUGGCAGCGUGCAAUGAGACGUCACGUGCUUGUGCGGCCUUGGAGUCGGCAGAGGCGGCCCCGGACGGAGAUCAGACGGUGCACCGCCUACGGGCGAAGCACCCUUGCGCGGAGCGCCCCAUCCCAGCAUGGGUGGCCUCCUUCCGGGAUGCAGCCCUGGUCCUGAGCAUUGAGCAUCUGCGCAGGGCCAUUUUCACCGCUCCGAGGGGCUCUUCGGGAGGACCUUCGGGAUGGGUGGCCGAGCACUUCCGCGACACCUUCUUGGCCUUCCCGAAGGCCCUCCCUACCUUGCUUGCUGUCUACCAGCAGUGGCUCCGGGGCGACUGCGCCCCGGCCGCACUUCCCAUGCUGGCAUCAUCCACCCUCGUCGCGCUCUCCAAGCCGAACAUGGACGUUCGGCCGAUAGCCAUAGGCGAGGUCCUUGCGCGCCUACUCCAGCGGGCGGCAUGCCUGCAGUUGCGCGAGCCGAUGGCUCGAGUCUUUCUACCAUCACAGCAGUUCGGGGUCGGGGUGACCUGCGGUACUGAGCUGGUCGUUAGGGGCGUCCGUCGCGGCAGGGCGGACCACCCGGACUGGGUGGUCGUCGAGCUCGACGUGGCGAACGCCUUUAACUCGUAUCACCGCGAUCGCUUGUUCGAGGCACUGCGAGCGAGCUCCGAGUUUCGCUGCCUCAUCCCUUUCGUUGCCCUUUUCUACGGCACGCCAUCCUCGCUGUUCUUUCGGACCGGGCGAGGAGUCACCACCAUCCGCUCAGAGCGAGGAUCUCGUCAGGGCGACCCUCUGAGCCCAUUUCUCUUUGCCCUGACACAGAGGCUGGCACUGGAGCCAGUGCUGGCGGACGGGGACGUGCAGCUGUGGUCAUACGCGGAUGACACGUACGUCCUGGGCACACCAGAGAGGGUGUUGCAGAGCUUCACUGCCAUUCAGAGGCGCUUGGGCGAGCUGGGCCUCUCGGUCCAGCCGCACAAGUGCCUGGUCUACCCAGCGGCGUCCACACGACCGGAGGAGUUGGCAGGCUUCACCGCCCUCGGCCUCGAUGUCGCGCGCCGGGGUUUGACGGUUGCGGGGGUGCCUGUCGGCACGGAGGAUUUCGUCCACACGAGACUCAGGGAGCGCCUGGAGCGGAUGGCCCGAGUGCUGCCGUGGCUGCCUAGGUUGCGUGACCCCCAGGUGGCUGCGCACCUGCUCUCAGCAUGCGUCAGCACGCGCCCUCAGUACCUAGCGCGCACGGUCCCGCCCACACAGGCGGUGCGCUCCAUCUUCGCGCGCUGGGACGAUGGCCUCGGCGAGGCCUUCCAGCGGCUAUUCGUCGCGGGCACCUGGAGCGGAGGAGGAGAGAUACGCGGCGCGGCCUUGGACCAGGCAUUUCUGCCCAUUAGGCUGGGCGGAUUCGGCAUCCGCCGCAUGGCGCGCGCGGCGCCAGCGAGCUACCUCUGCUCCUGGGCGCAGUGCGCCCCCAUCCUCUGCUCCCUCCCACAGAUCGGUGAGUCCUUCAGACGGGCGCUCGCGGCGGAGGACCCCGCAGGGAUCGAUCCCCACAUCGCGACGGCUUUGGCAGACCUUCCACCGUCAGUCCGGGCCUUGCUGCCACCCCUGUCCUCUUGCAUCUCGAGCGCGCCGGACGGUCUGUUUUCUGAGGUGAGUCGGCACCUAGAGGCGGCGGCAUUAGAGUCCGUUCGUGGACGUCACACUGACCCUUUGCAUCUUGCCCGUUUGACAUCCCUUCAGGGCGCAGAUGCAGGCGCGUGGCUCACGGCGGUCCCUUAUGCAGAUCCACUGCGCAUCCCGGAGGCGCAGUGGCAGGUGGCUUCAUGUUUUCGCCUUGGUCUGUCUAUCCCCCAGUUAGCCCUUACAGGUCAUUGCUCGUGCGGACGGGAGAUCGAGGACAUGUCGGUGCCCCACCACGUCGUACGCUGUCAGCACUACCACGUCACCACGACCGUCCACAACGCCGUGAACACAGCCGGACGCGCAGGCCGCGCAGGAGCACCCGCACGCAUCCCCGACCUCACAUGCCGCGACGCUGAGAAGGCACUCAUGAUUAUUAUAGACGUGUCGAUAGCGGAUCCACAGCGGGGUGGGAACGCACAGUUUCGGCGAGCGGCAUCCACACAGCGGGGGGUGGCGGCGACGAGGCGGGUGCAGGAGAAGAUCAGGGACUGGCGGCCGGCCUUGGUAGGAGUGCAGCCGGAGCCGAUGUUCUAUGCGUGCGUUGCUGAGACUUUCGGGCACUUGAGCGUGCCACUGCGAGAUUUUCUGGGGCUCUGCUCACAGCGCAUAGCGACGCAGCGGCGGGACGCGGGUAGUGGGGAGGAGGCAUCGGCGCGGAUCUUUGAGUGCGCUCUCACCACGCGAGUUUCAGUGGCGCUGCAGCGUGCGCAGGCGAACAUUAUCACACAGCAUGCAGUGCGACAGCUGGGAGAGUCGGACGAUGCAUGGAUGCCGAUACCGGUACCGCUUGGCGCAGGCAGCUGGAGCGGACAUCACAUCAGUGGCUGCUUUGACAGUGUGGCCGAUAUGCAGUACCUGUUUGAUGGCUAUGUGUAGAUGAAAACAAGAGUAGGCUGUGCUUGAAACGCUGUGUCUGCGCUGUAGGCGCGGGUUGCUGCUUUGUCGUGUCCCUUGGACCCCUCCCUCCUUACAGUCACACCCCUCCUCUCUUCCACCUCUCUCACCUCCCCCUUUCUUUUCCCUUACUCCUAUCUUUCUUGAUCCUCCUACUUCUUCUAUCCUUCUCUUUCUUUCCCUCUCUUUCUACCUUCCCUUCUCUUCUUUUCCUCUCUACUUUCUCUUCUCUUCUUUCCCUUCUCUUCCUAACUUCCAAAAACAUUACUGU